ACUCCUUAAAACCAAACCAAACCAAACCAAAAAAUGUCUCGUCAUUUCAGAAUCCUCACAGGCCAAAACUCAACCACGACGGACACACCACCGCCAGAUCAGCCAAGCAAUGUAAACUCCGACUUUGUCGUAAUCCUUGCCGCUCUUCUCUGUGCCUUAAUCUGCGUUCUGAGUCUCGUGGCAGUAGCUCGUUGCGCCUGGAUUCGUCGAAUUUCAGGAAUAGUAAUAACGGGCCGUGUUGAUCCUUCUUCGCCGCUGCCACCACCACCAACGUCAGCUAACAAAGGUCUUAAAAAAAAAGUCUUGAAGACCCUCCCAAAAUCGACAUACCAUAAUACAGAUGACACAAUUGCGGAUAAUAAAGUUACCGAUUGUGCUAUUUGUUUAACCGAGUUUGUUAUAGGAGAUGAAAUACGAGUGUUGCCUCAGUGUGAUCAUUGUUUUCACGUUGUGUGCAUUGAUACGUGGUUUGGAUCACACUCUUCGUGUCCUUCGUGUCGCAAGAUUUUAAUAAUGCCCACGACAUCUAGAUGUAACAAAUGUGGUGAAUUACCUAACUGUAAUUCGGUUAAUACGUUUUUACCGUAGAUAUAUGGAAAACAUACAUAUUGCAUAGUGAUUUGUUUAAGUUGUUGUAAUUAGUUAGGUUGAUUAUUGCAAAGAUAUAUAAUUAUUGGUUUGUUUAUAUAAUUAUGAUAAUAUAUGACAUGAAAUUAUA